AUGACUGAGCUUUCUAGACAACUAGAGCAGCUACGUCAAGUGACUUUACCAUCAGGAUCUCAGCCUUCUUUUCUUUUUGACUUAAAAGACGCAAGCAAAAUAGACAGAGACACGAUAUUUAUGAUCGGAAUGAAUGGUUUAGAAGAAAUACGUCGCAUUGACCACACAUUUUUAUCAUUCUAUUCAGAUGUUUUCCAAGAAGAUUUUGCAAAUGCCCACUUGCACAGAGAUAAUCUCACAAAAUCGCAAAUAUCUAAGCUAGAUGAAGAGCUAACAAAGGUCAUCCAUUUGCUUGCUCCCCAUUUCCUUAACCCAUCCUGCCAUAAAAUUCUUGAAUUGCUGGUUAGAUUUUACAAAGUCCAUCAAUACCAAAGAGAUGAGCUUCUUUCCAGCUUUUUGCCUUAUCAUGACACAAAAUUUUUCACUCGCAUGAUAAUGCUUUGUAAGCUUCAAGGAAGCCAAUGGGAAUUUAUGAUAAGACACCAGCAGCAAGGAUAUAUUAUGCUAAGGAGUGAUAUCGUAAAAAAAAGUAUGCAAGACUUAUCACUGCUGGAGGUGAUAAUAGGGAAAAUGAAGCUCUCACAAAUACACAUGAGAUUUGCAGGAGUAGUUUGUUUGGAUGUGAUUCACAAAAUAAGCACGUUAAGCAACUCUUUGCUUUACAUUUUGCUGCCGUUUCUUUCAGAAGUAUUAAGUGGAUCUAAGGAGGAAAAAGUGCUAGGCUAUUCUUUAGCUGUCAGAAUUUCAUUAAGACAAAACUUUUCUCCUCAUUAUUUGCAAGCAUUAUUCAUCGACAUUCUUAAAACUGCUGGCCCUGAAAUCGAGCAAGGUUUAGCUACAAUUUCGCUUCUGAUGCAUAUACAUAAGACCCAAAGUUUACCAAAAAACAUCAUUGAUCUAUUUUACAGCGAAGAGAUUCUCAAAGCUCUUGCAAAUGUAAGCCAAAAGCAUGAUAUCACACAGAUAGUUAAAGCUGUUGAAAAAAAAUUCAUUAAUAAUUUAGGAAAAGAUAAAGUUAAUGAGCUGACUUUUCAGCUUUGCUCUACAGUGAAUUAUUCGAAAGCUGGAAUUGAAGCUAUUCUUAACUCAUUACUAAUGCAGUACUUGAAUGUCAAAAAAGAGCUAACUUAUCGUCAUAAGCACGGAAACAUCCCUGAAUUUUAGAAAACCCCUACAUCAGCGAGCAAAAUUUUUUUAUAUAUAUUUUUUUUUAUUAUAUAUAGUAAGUGACAAUUAUCAUAGCGCAAUCUAUAACUAUUUUAUUUAACUUUAAACAGCUUGCAUUCUAAAACACAUUAUAAACUAAAUUAAUCUAACUUUAAAUUUUAAAAAUUUUUAAACUAAACAACAAAAAUAAUAAAUAAAUAUAAAACUCUUUUUAAAAAAAUCAAUCAGCUCCAUUAUCCAGCGAAAUUUUUGAUAGCUUGCGGAGGGGAGUAAGAGAUAAGGUGAAAAGUGGGUUUAUUAAAGUUUUAGCAAAUUUAUGGCAAAGAUAUGGAGACCAGGUUUUGGAGAUUAUUCCAAAAAUAGUCAAAGAAGUUUGUGCUUCACAUCCAGGUGGAGAAAGCAAAACAAUGCUUUAUGACUUAAUUUCUAAAGGCUUAAGUGGAAUGCCAUAUGAUCCCAGCUCAGACCUCCCACUUGUAUUAGCAUUGAGACACCCAUCUCGCGAAAUCAGACUUCACUCUCUAUCCCAAAUAAAUUCACAAGCUUCGAAAUACUAUCAAGUGCUUCUAGGAAUGCUAUCAAGUGAAGAUGAUGUAGAAAUUUUAUUAGAGGCAGUCUCAGUUCCUGACUUCCUACCCCUAUAGAUUGGAACAAGAUAUCCUAUUCCAAUUUAAAGGGGGAUUAAUUUUAAAAAAAAUUUACAAAUUAAAAUGAUAUAAAUUGAAUGCAAUAUCUUUAAAUUUUAAAUAUUUUAAAAAGAAUUAAUUCAAAAAAUUAGUCUUUUCAGUGUAAAAUCUAUUUAAGAAUAUUCUACUUGCACUUUUUCCAUUAAAAAAAUUAGGCAAAAAUUAAUUUUCUAAAAAUGGUAUUUUUACCUAUAAAAUUUUCAUAUUGAAAAAAAAAAUUGUUCUAAUUUCAAAGGGAGGAGUGAAUUGUCUAAAGUAGACCCAGAAAGUCUUUAUCCAGUGAUCCUGAAAAGAUUUACACAAUUUAUUUCAUAUGAGGCCCAAUAUACCCCUCUUUUGAGAAAGCUGUUCACAAUUCUCACUGUAGAAAUUGCACCUCAUAUAGCAAUCAGUUCAGAGCAUCUUAAACUGAUCUUUCUCGCUUAUGAUAAGCCAGAGUUAAGAGAUCUUUGCCAUAAUGCUGCUUCGAAUGCAAAACAUCAUCAAAUAUUGAAAGGAUACCAAGGCCAAGACUUAAGCAUUUAUUUAAAACAGUGGCUUUCUCAGCAUUGGUGUGAUAUUUAUACGUCUGUUGCUGAACUUUUGGACUGCCAAGUGAUACUAGGCUUAGUGCCUGAAAUUAUUGAAGAACUAGAGAAAAAACGAGAAUUUUUAACAAAAGAAAUAAUUUCAAGCAGCUAUUUAAUAGUACAAAAGCUUAUUGAAAUGGAUAACAAUGCAACUGAUAUUUUUGAAGCUGUAAUUAGAGCAUGCCCUAUAGCAAGAAAUAUAAAGUCAGAGCAAGUUCGUAAAGAAGCUGUAGAACUGAUGAAGUGUUUGGUCAUUUAUCUUAUUCCAAGAGGUUCUGAGCUAUGCAAAGGACUCUUAACCAAGCAUUUUGGUAAAUACAGCUUACAAAUCUUACUAGAAAUUUCAGAAAAAUGCCCAGAGUCCCUCCAUCUUGCAGUGUGCAUCGCUGCUAAUUCUGGCCAAUUUAACUCUUUUCUCCAGACAUAUCCAUACAUUAUAUUAAGUAUGGGGAGAGAUUCCAUAUAUCGAAAUGCAGCAAUUGUAGCGCUUGAACAAUUCUUGCUAAAGCAACUCCCUAAAAUUGAGAUUGAGAUUGAAAUAGAAGAACGUUCAGAUUUUAAACAAUUUGAGGAGCAUUCUUCAUUAAUAAAAAAAAUGCUUAAGAGGCUAUUAAAAUAUAAAGCAGGGAUCUCUCAAGAUUCAAAUUAUAUUGAGCAUGCAGUUGCCAAAGUGAUGCAAAAUGAAGUCAUUGAUCUAAUUAGUGUCGGAUUUAAUCAAGUUGCUUAUGAUAGAGCAAGAUAUUUGAGCAUCCACAAAAAAAUUAAAAGUGAUCAUUUGACAGAAGUGUUUCUAGAAGCUGCAAAGUCUGAUGAGGAGCUUGCUGAGGUAGCUGACAGGUUAUGUGAAUAUAAAAACUGGGGAAAUUUCCAGCAUGAAAGUGUUUUUCUUUCACUUUUUGAAAAAGCAAGGCUGAGAUUGGCUGCACUCAAAAUCGUUACUCCUGAGACGUUCCGCAAUCUUUCGCAAGAAUUAAAAGUAAAUUUAUUUUUUACUUUAACAAAAAUCCUACCUGGACUAUCCAGCACUCACUCUAUCGCAGUUCACGAACUUAUUGACAAUCUGCCAAUUGAUGCAAGUCUUUUAUCACAAGCCAUCAAAAAUGCAGAUAUUGAAAAAAUCGAGCCACUACUUGAAAUAGUCCAAUACAAGCACACACAAAGCUCUCCAGUGCUUAUAGAAAGCCUAUUUAGCCUGCUUCAUAAAAUAAACGAAAGCAUCCAAACUUCAGAAAAUGAAUAUCUAAAGCAGCUUGUCUUAUUGGCAUUGAAAAUUCAUCUUGCUUCUGAGCGAAAAUUUGAGCUUAAAGGGGAGCACUUGAAUAUUAUUCUAACUCCCUACACUUCAUUAGCGAAACAAAUCAUUGGGAAAUCCUUAUUUUUAGGGUAAAAGCCACUCUCCGUGAGUGAACAAAAAAUUUUUUAUGGAAAAUAUUUAUAUAUAUAAAGUGAUAAUUAUUAUAACGAAAUCUCUUUCACCUUAAAGCACAAAUUUUAUAAAUUAAUUAAUUUGCUUUCCAAUUACCAUAAAAUUUAUUUAUAAUUAUUAAUUACAAAAUUAAAAUUUUUUGUUCAUUCAUGGGAGAUGGAGUAAGCAGCUUCAGAAAUGAAAUUGAAUUUAAUAUGCAAACUAAGCAGCAAGCUUUACACACACUUGCUGGAUUUGCAGCUACAAAGCCCGCAGAAGUUCUUAUUGCAAUGGAGUCCUUAUUUAUGAGUUCCAGCAAAGAAAACGCUGCUGAUGAAUUUACCCUUUUUAAAGCAGCUUUAAGAGCUUUAGUCCCUUCCUUAGUAGAUACUGAUCUUUCAGUUUCCACGCUAGUUUCACAGCUGAUUAACUUUUUUGAAGUAAUCCCAUUUGAUAUUAAUGAGCUUGAAGAUAUCAUCAGAAUUGGAGGCCACACACAUUUGCAUCUUGCAGUCUCUUAUUUAUGCCAAACAAUUGAAGAUUUGUUUAUCACUCAAGAAUUCUUAUCAAGAUUUACGCUAGAAGAAAUUCUGAGCUCGUUCAAUGCGCUUAUUUCAAGUCUUGAGCUCGAAAAAGUCAAAAAAACCAAUGAUUUUAAAGUCUUAGAUCUCUUUGACUUAGAAUUCAACGCAAAGGAAUUCUUAAGCUUGAUUCCCAAAAAGAAAGAAAAAUCAUCGCAGCUUUUAAGCGAGUUCUUGUACAGUCUGUUCACACUUAAGCAUAAAUCUGAAGAAAUCAUAGGAUCUGGAGAUAAAAAACUGAUUUCUCAAUCAAAAUCAGUUAAAAAGCAGCUUUUAAAACUGCUAGAAAGCAUUAACAGAGCACUUGAUAAUGAGACCCUUUCCAAGUCUUUAUUAUUAAUCCUUGAAAAACCAGAAAAAAGAGCAAAUAUUGACGUCAAAAAAGAAGCCCUUGAAUUUCUUCUAAAAAGACUAGAACUUUCAAACCACAACAAAUUUCACUCUUUAAUUCCAAUACUUUGUGCGAUUCUUGAACUCUACACAGACAAAGCAUCAGCACUGCAUAAAGAAAAAUACGACUCAAAAGCUGUUUAUUUGCAGCUUACUAUAUUAGCAACCUAUAAUCUGCUGAAAUCCUAUGAAAAUCCUAAUCAGUUCUUAGAACUUUAUGGAAAAACUAUUCUUGAGUUCACCAAGUCAACUUGUUCAGAAAUCAGAAGUUCAAGCAGCUUAUGCUUUUCAGUCUUUUUCAGUGCUAAGUCUUCUGAUAUUUUGCCUUUUAUAGAGCCAUAUUUAAGUCAGAUUCUAAAUAUUCUUGCUGAAAAUGAUGAGGUUGUUAUAGAGUGUGCACUUUCUUGCAUCAAACAUAUGAUGUCAGGGGCUAGGGAUUUCUUAAGUCCACAUAUAGAAGAGCUAAUCUUUAAACUUUGCUCUAUAGAAUUCGAUACUACUGAGUUACUGAGUCUUGUGCCCACUUAUAUUUCACCUAGAAUCAUUAUAGUUUGCCUUAAUAGUCUGCUUGGUUGGCUUAAAGACAAUUUCAAUGGACUUAUUAGACUGUUAGAGAUGAGUAAAAUUUUAGGUGAAAAAAUAACCUCCCAAGAUGCAGAAAUAUAUAAAGAGUCAUUAUUUGCUUUUUAUAAAGAUGCUAUAACUUUGCCAGAAAAGCUUAAAGAUGAGUUAGAUUUGAAGCAAGUAAAAGCCUUAAGUAGCACAACAAGUGACAGCUUUUCAUCUUUUUCUCUAUCUUUAACCAACCAGCAACUUAAGCCAGCAUUUUCAGAAAUAGCAGAUUGGUGCUUGGAGAAGGCUGAAGAUGAUGACUAUUCAUUCCAUAGACUUUUGACCUUAUUUUCUAUAACUGGAGCCCUCACUGAUAAACUGAAAAGCCUAUUUGUUUCCUAUUAUGCUUAUUUAUUUGACGUAAUUAUUGAUACGCUAAAUAAAAUAUAUGAGGCUUACCAAAUUGAGACUAAGAAAAGAAAGAGAAAUCAGGGAAAAUUGUAUCUAGAAGUCAACUCAAUUGUUUUGCAGUGUCUGGCCAAGCUGUCAGCUCAUGAUAAAGAUAAGUUUUUGACUAUUGAUAGGUACGACAAGCUUUCAGUUUCGCUUUCAAAUCAAUUGAAGAUGGUUGGACUUAAGAAUAAAUAUAGGAAGUACACAGAAGCCAACGUUUUACCAGCCAUUCAUGCAUUGAUUACUGAAACCCACGACCAAGCAAUUUGGCAAAGCUUCAAUUAUAAGAUUCUUUUGAAUUCAAGAAACGAAAACCCUGAGGUUCGCUGUGUUUCUUUACUAACAGUCAACAAAAUUCUCCUUACUCUUGGCAAAGAAUACCUUACCUUAUUGCCUGACAUAAUGCCUUUCGUUUCAGAAGCACUUGAAGACGAAAACGACUCCGUUACAAACAUUGCUAAAAUGCUUUUGACUCAGCUCGAAACUCUGAGUGGAGAAAACAUCAAAGAACACAUAAGAUAA